UCCCAAAAUAUAUUUGUCUGAAACAGUCAAGAAAGAAGACUCACGUCGCCACUUAGCCUAGCUUUGUCUGCUUAUUCUUUGUUUCAAAAGGAUUCCUUUUUGUGAAAGAAGAAAAAAAACGGUAGUAGGAGAGUGUGAGAAGAAGAAGAUGGCACUCAUCCCUUCUUCCACUACUAAUGAAAUAUGGCCACAGAUAGAUGAGAAAAAUAACUUGAUGAUGGCCUCAAAUGGUAGCAGUAGUAGUAAUACUAGAGAUAUGGAGAAGCCAAUUCCAGAUCCAUCACAACAACCACCACCACCACCACAUCUGAAAUGUCCUCGUUGCGAUUCGUCUAAUACGAAGUUUUGCUACUACAACAACUAUAGUUUGUCUCAGCCAAGACACUUUUGCAAGGCAUGUAAAAGGUAUUGGACUAGAGGAGGAACCUUAAGGAAUGUACCAGUUGGAGGUGGCUGUAGGAAGAACAAGAGGAUUAAGAGACCAUCAACUAAUUCUUCUUCUUCUUCUUCUUGUACUGCUCAUGAUAUAAUUACUACUUCAACUCCAAAUAUCUCUACUUUAAACCCUAGCCACCAUGUAGCCCAUAAUAGUAUUGAUAUAUCUUCUACAAAUUCUAUCAAUCCUUUAUUUUAUGGGUUGACUAGUGAGAGGUCUGAUCUCAACAUUCCAUUUGCAAGGCUUUUCAAUUCUAGGGUUUCGAGUCAUGCUACAGUCGGUGAGGGACAAGUGUAUUCUCUGACAGACAGUAUCCCUGGAUUAAUGGAUCGUCGUAUGGGGUUAGGGUUUUCUAAUUCUUCUGUAGGGGGGGUCAAUAUUAUGGGUGAGAAUAAUAAUUAUGGGCAUGGUGGGUUCAAUCCUAUUAAGCAAAUCCAAGAUGUUGUCAUGACUAGUAAUUGUACUACUUCUUCAACUUCACUUCUUUCAACCUACCCCAAUAUGUUUGGAUCUUCAACAUCAACUUCAACUAUGGCUUCUCUUAUAGCUUCAAGCCUUCAGCAACAAAAGUUCAUGUCCAAUAUUAAUGGUAACAAUUUUCACAACUUGGCUCCUAAUUAUGAGGAAUUGCAAAUGUCAAGGGGGGACAACAACAACAACAACAGUAAUGUUCAUGAAGGUGGUGGAAAUGGGAUCACAAUGUUGAAAGCUGAGAAAAUGGAUCUUUCAAAUCAUCAGAUUCAUGAACAAAUUAUUAAUUCAUCUGAUCCUUCACUUUCUUGGAAUGGUGCUUGGCUUGAUCCUUCUAAUAUGGGGUCUAAUUCAGUCCCUUCUCUCAUCUAGGACAAGUACAUUUAAUUUGUCCUUUGCUUUUCCUCCCCCCCCCCCCCCCCCCCCUUGAUCUCCCUCUCAUUUUUAUUAACAUGUGUCUUUUCCUAGCUAGAUAGGUACUUUUUCGUCUAUGUUGUUCGGAUCCUCCAAUAAUAUCGUUGUAUUAGUGUCGGAUACACAUAUCAAACGGAAUUUUUGAAGGAUCCGAACAAUACAACUUCUUUAUCUCCCUUCUACUAAAAUGUCAAGACUAUAUAUAGGACAAAAAGAAAACAUUCAGCUGACUUCAUAUUGAUGGAAGGAGUUGGAUCGGAGUGAUCAUGUCAGCUGCAAGAUGAUUUUCAGCCCUUCAUACUAAUUUUUACAGUCAAAAGGUUGAAGAAAUUCUCUCUCAUUUUGCGCUGAGAGGAACCUCGGAUCCUAUUCAUUCCAUCACAAUACCAAGUUUUCUUUUAUCAUGAAGAGUACAACAUUCAGAGUUGAAGAAGAAGAUGUUUUCAUUCUAGUUCCAGUGAGUUAGUUUUAAUUUUAAUGUUAUUUUGUAUGUAUAUAGAUGCAUCACAUUGCAAUUUUUUCUUGAUGUAUUUUUCAGAAUGUGUAUUAGGUUUUGGGUGGGGGUUACAAUGUUGGAGUCCUCAUACAUGAGGAAUUAACCAACAAUGAUAAAAAAAAAUUUAUUUGAGUUUUUUUUUUUUCUCAUUUUUUGAGAAAUUCCUCUUUCCUUGUAGUUUAGGGGGAGAUGGUUGGGGUAUAUUUGGGUAUAGAAGAAAGGGAGACUUUGUUGCUUUAAUAUGGUUAUGAUUUUACUAAGUUGGCCAUGCCAUUUUUUUUUUU